GUCCUGCCUCUGUGAGUAAUACUGCAGACACUUUACAUUAUCUGUUUCCAACAUCUGCUGCUGUGGAGGACACGCUGCUUGGUCUACAGCCUGGAUCACUGUAAGGCCUGAGGUCAGAGGUCAGAGAACCAUGGGGACAAGGAGAGUGCUUGUGACUGGGUGCUCCUCUGGCAUCGGCUUGGCUGUGGCUGUACGGCUGGCCAAAGAUGAGCUCAGACGGUUCAAAGUGGUUGCAACAAUGAGGGAUCUUGGAAAACGGGGAACAUUGGAGAAAGCAGCUGGUGACUCCUUAAACAAAACACUGGAAAUCAAACAGUUAGAUGCCUGCUGUGAAGCCUCCAUCAGAGAGUGUGUCAACAGCCUGCCAGACAGACGGGUGGAUGUUCUUGUGAAUAAUGCAGGUAUUGGCAUGAUUGGGCCGCUGGAGUGCCAGAGUAUCGCCGACAUGAAGGAGCUCUUUGACAUAAACGUCUUUGGCCUUGCACGGAUGGUGAAGGAAGUGUUGCCUGAUAUGAAGCGACGGCAGAGCGGCCAUAUUGUUGUGAUGAGCAGCGUUAUGGGAAUACAGGGGCUUCUGUUCAAUGAUGUCUACUCUGCCUCCAAAUUUGCUGUGGAAGGAUUUUGUGAAAGUCUGGCAGUGCAAGCACUCAAGUUUAACAUCAAGACAACUCUAGUGGAACCUGGCCCAGUGGUAACAGAGUUUGAAAGGAAAGUGUACGAGGAUGCUAAGAACAUGGAUCUAUCAGAGACGGAUGAGGAGACUGCCAGAAUCUUCCGUGAAAUGUAUCUGCCGUACUCUAAAAAAGUCUUCAACUCAUUAGGCCAGACACCAGAGGAAGUGGCAGAGCAAACACUUAAGGUGAUCACAGCCAGGGAGCCCCCUCUCCGCCACCAGACCAACCGCCUCUACAUGCCCAUGACUGCACUGAAGCAUGCCGAUCCAACAGGGCGUCUCCCUCUGGACACUUUCUAUAAGAUGAUCUUUAAACAUGACAAGGUGUUCAAUGCUACUCUUGGAGUGCUGCGCUUGUUUCAGAAGAGGGUAGGGAAGAAAUAAAGAUUUGGCUGACAAGUUGCAGAGAUUAUACUUUUUAAUCUCAAGGAGAAGGUACCACAGUGUAAAGUCCAACAGUAAAUUGAGAGAGGUUCUUUUUCCUGAGCAGUAAUGAACAUGGCACAAGUGAUAGGAUAUUAUAUGUAUAUCUGUAGACAUAAUUAUAAAUCCUUGUAUGCUAUAUUUAUACAAUAUUUCCUGCGGUGCAAUUAAUUUGUCUUGCUUGUGUAUUUGUAUGUGUUAAUACUGUAUAAUAACACAAAUGUUAUAUCCAAGCACUCUUCCAUUUACUGUUACUCACUAUAGGUUUCAAUGAUAAUAUGUUUUACACUUAACUUUAACAGCAAAAUAAAUAAUACAAAAAUUAUUCUAACAAAGGUUUAAUCUAAUCAGCAUAGUAAAUACCACACUGUAUAUGAUUUACCCAAUUGGCAAACACACUAGCCAAUAAACAAGCAAAAAUAAAUAUAUAUUAUAAUGACAGAAGUUACAACUAUAUAAUGAAAUAACA